AUGUUUACAUCUGGAUAUAACAGAGAGGAAUAUUUUGGAUAUUCGACUUUAUUAAGUGAAGAUGGGCUUCUUAUCGGAGCACCUAAAGCGGAGACCGUACAGAGAUGGAACAGAAAACGUUGGAAAUCAUUAACCGGAGCUGUCUACUUAUGUUCAUUACGUAACUUGGACGACAGACAAAAAAAUUGUGACAAAUUGGAUGCACAUAGCGCAGUUAAAAGUAAAUGGUAUAUGAGUGGAUCGUUGAACAGUGGCAGUUGGUUUGGAGCAUCUGUGGUCGUCCUUACUAACCAUAGAUUAUUGGUCGCAGCACCAAGACAGAAUUCAAGUCAACUAACGGCAGAUGGGUCUUUACUCGGUGCUUGUUACUUUUUAACUCCGAGGAGAAAUAGUUUUUGGAAUCCUUUGGGAUCAGAAAGGACCAAGAAAAACUACGCCACUUUCCAAGUAGAUGAAAACAGGCCAAGUUAUGGCGAAGAAAAUUCAACUAUAUAUUAUUACAACUUUGGAGAAGCUGGAUUUUCAUUGGCAGUUACCAAGAUGAACACAGUGAUUCUUGGAGCUCCAGGACUCAUGGCAUUUGCAGGUGGAAUUAUCAGUUACAUUUUUGAUCCAAAUGACACCUCAACAAGGACAUAUCUACAACCCAUUGCAAACCCUUAUUAUACCACGGAUUUGGAACCAGAUGAAUAUUUUGGAUAUAGCGUUGAAUCUGGAAUUUUCCAGCAAAAUGGAACUGUUCUUUAUAUUGGAGGAGCUCCACGGGCAGAGUUGGGUAGAGGAAAGGUCCUAAUUAUCGAGCCUCCUACUUCAGAACUGAACCCAUUAAACAUCAAGUUGAAACUCCUGGGUCCUCAAAUUGGAUCAUACUUCGGUGCAAGUCUUUGCUGCACAGAUAUCAACAAUGACGGUCUCGAUGAUUUGCUGGUGGGAGCUCCCACUUUCGUGAAGAAAGAUGGUGGUCUUCCUUAUGAUCAAGGAGCUGUGUUUAUUUAUAUAGCAAAAGAGGCUCCUGAUGGAUUUGUUUUAGAAGAAUCUGGGUACGUGGCGGGCUCUGGAGUAGACGGAGCAAGAUUUGGAACUACUAUUGCUGAUCUAGGCGAUGUAAAUGGUGAUGAAUUCAGAGACAUUGCUGUUGGAGCGCCAUGGGAAAACAAUGGUGUGGGAGCCGUAUAUAUUUAUAUGGGAAAUGCCAAAGGAUUAAGCGAUCGAAAUGUUCAACGCAUACAACCUGCCGGUGCUCAAGGCUUUGGCUGGUCAAUAUCAAAAGGAUUAGAUGUGGAUAACAAUAACUGUAAUGAUCUCGCCAUUGGUGCAUUUAAUAGCGGCGCCUCAUAUCUGUACCGGUGUAUUCCUACUAUACCAGUGCGUGCUUCGAUCAGGGUGAACAACCACAUAAGUUUACCAAGUAAUAUCACAACCUUCACAACCAUGUUCUGUGUGUCUGCUCCUCGGAUCAAGUUGUGGCCAAAUGCCAAAUUAAAUAUAACAGGCAAAAUAGAUGUUGAUCCUAUCGCUGAACGAGCCACAUUAAUUGGAGAUAAUGGAUAUAAUGUCGUUAUUACACCGGCCAAUGAAGAAUGUCACGAGAAAACAAUUAAUGUUAAUUUGACCGCUGAUUUGCUGAAACCAAUCUUAUUAAAGUUUCAACUGGAAGCUCACGAACUAAUGCUGGAUAACUCCACAAAAUUUUUGAGUCAUGCUACCAGAGUAUCUGAAGAUUCUACUCUGACAGUAUCGAAAUCGGUCCAAGUACUCGUAGAUUGUGGUUACGAUCUUGUUUGCAGUCCUUGGUUAAACGUGACUUUCGAGGCAAUGGACAAUCCUUAUGUACCCGGUACAGAUAACAGACUUGGAGUGAUACUUAAAAUUGUAAAUGAAGGAGAACCAUCUUACGGUGUAAAAGUGAACAUAAAUUUACCAGCUCAUCCAAAACGAAUACCCAGUGAGUGUUAUGUAAAAAUGUCUGUGAUGACUUGUGAUCUUCCACAACCCUUUUUCCGAAACGAUAGCAUUGUAUGGGAAGUGGAACUGGAAUAUGACUUUAAUGCUACCAAAAAAUCAUACUUACCAAUCGUAGCAGAAUUGGUGGAAAUGGUUUAUACAGAUAAUAUAACAGAGGAGUAUUUUCAUUAUGUGACCAUUGACGUUACGCCUGAAGCUAAUUUCAGUAUUAGUGGCCAGUCUAUGCCAAAUACACCAAUAAUAGUUUUUAGAGAUAAUCUAAAUGCCGGCGCAAAUGUUUCAUUUAAACAUUUCUUUCAGAUAACAAACACAGGACCCUCAGACUCGUACUCCCCGAAAGUGCAUAUUCAAAUUCCUUACAAGACAUAUCUCUCCGACGACAUUGAAGGUUGUGAAGAAAACGACUCUCUGUAUAUCUGUUCCUGGUUUGUACCAGCUAACUCUUCAAUACCAGUGGCGAUACCUCUGCAGAUGGACCUUAGUCUAGCUGGCAAUUUCCUUGAAAGCAAAACGAUCUACAGCGCCGUGUCUACAAUAGUUUUAAUGGUUGACCAAUCAAACGAUGGUGAAAAUUACACAAGCUACCAAGUAGCUACAACAUUGGUUCUCGAGCGAGCAAGCAUUCCUCUCUGGUACAUAAUUAUACCAUGUAUAUUUUUGGGAUUAUUUUUAUUGUCAAUAAUAACAUGGAUUCUUCAUAAACGCAACUUUUUCUCAAGAAAAAAUUACGAUCAGCUGAAACAAGAACAAGAUAAAAAGGAAACACGAGAUGAAUCACAGUUAUCGGACGCUAUUCCGUCAGCUCCUUCAGAAGGAGAAGAGGAAGAUGAAAAAGGACAGCUGUCACAAAAUGUUCAUUUAUUUGAAAUGAACAUUUAA